AUGUCUAAAUCUUCUAAAAAGGAGCAAAAAAGGGAGCAAGGAAAGCCAAGAACGAGAACCACGCGCGCUACAGCUCACCUGGAUAUAAUGGAUAAUCAGGAGGAAGAGCGUGAUUCCAGCAGCACAGAGCACCCAACAGUCGCAAACGCCAAAGGAAGCACCUUUAACAAAACUAUCUUUGACAUGCUCCAAAAGAUGUCGGUGGAUUUGGGAGAGUUAAAGGCCAUAAAAGAAAUGACCGCAUCUGUGGAAGGAAAACUCACCUCACUUGUGACUCGCAUGACUGAAGUCGAGGAGCGGGUGAGUGGAAUUGAGGACACGCUCGCAAAACAGAAGGAAAACCCCCCGGUAACGAGAGCUGAGUGGCGUGAGCUGCGUGACCAAAUGACAAUGAUGGAGGACAGAUCUAGACUAAAUAAUUUAAGAUUCGUCGGGUUCAGUGAAGGAACCGAGAAGAACAACGUAGCCGGGCUCCUGACCCGGUUUAUUUCAACAACCCUCGGGAUUACAUCUGCCGCACCGCAAGGACUCGAAAUCGAGCGUGCUCACCGGACUCCAACACGGAGAUCAGCAUCCAGCGAGAGACCGCGGACCAUCAUCGCUGCCUUUCUCCGACAUCAGGACUGCUUAAACAUAUUACGUGCUGCCAGGGAGAAGGGGCGAAUCAUCUGGGAUGGAAAGCAGGUAAUGAUUUUCCCUGAUUAUUCUCGGGAGACACAAGGCAAACGCGAGGCCUUCAGACAGUGUAAAAAACUGCUACAUGAACGCAAAAUAAAGUUCAGUCUCCUGUACCCUGCCAAACUGAUUAUAAACGUGGGAGGAAGACCACCCCGCACCUUUGAUGAUCCCCAAAAAGCGAUUGACUUCAUACAGACAAAUCUGUAA